AGUUAGGUCAUCCACGGCGCAUACCUCCUGAUUUAUUUCCAAUACAUUUUUAAUUAUUGCAAAUUAUCCUUGAAAUAUGUGGAUUUUACAGUGUUCUCCUGCACCCUGUCGCCAUUGGCGCCUCCACCUUUUGUGAUUGAGGUUAUUGUGUGGGAAAAUGCGUAAUAUCUUUGAAAUUUCUAAUCGUUUUUUUAUGAUUUUUUGGCCAUGGGCAUUGUUUUUCUGUGUUAAACUUGAGACAGCGCAGUGGGUUUAAUUUUUUAUGAAAACCAUUCCCCAAACAUCAAAGAAUGAUCGGAAGAGUCCAACUGGUUCUUUUGUUCAUCAGCGUCUGGGCUAACACCAUACCCAGUUGAAAAAACGGUUCUGAUAGUCUACUAGCUAAAUAGCCUACAAAGCAAAAGGAUCAGAUCAUUGAGUAAAUAGAUCAGUUGGGUGGUCGGUGCAGUUGGUCAGUGGCACGAGGUACCGGUUGUUUUUACAGCUUGAAUAUAUUAGCUUUAGCUUGGGCUCAAAACAUUUGGUUUACCAAAAACAUCCCGCAUGAAGAUUUCGCUUUAUAAACGCAGUCGGUGACUCGGUGCAAUUGCCUACUUAUACCCCAGCGUUUGCGUGACAUCAUUGUGAAUGUGGGCAGUCUCGUAUGUCUUUGCUGCUUUUUGAGGGGAAAGUUCUGAGGCACUGUAAGUUUUGGAGACGCAAAACAGCAACGUCGCUUCUCCUGCAGCCUACGUAAAGCGAAACCGCAUCUCCCUGAGAAACCAAGAACAAAACAAGACAAAGAAAAAGUAAAAGAAAAGCAGUAGUUGUUCCUGCUGUCAUGUUGGGCAGAGGCAAGACAGCAAGCCCCGCGCAGAAGAAUAAGGCACAGACGGCAGAAUCAAAGCCACACGACCCCUUGAGGAAUUUAGGUGUGCUGGAAGAUGAGGACGUGCGGGUGAUGCUGCAGGGCUCCAGCAUGGUGAAGGUGCGCUCCCCGCGCUGGCAGAAGAGGCGUGGCCUGCGGCUGCUGGAGGACGGGGUCACCGUCUGGUGCGAGUCCAGCAAGAGCUCCCGCAGGGCCAAGGCCCAGAUGAGCUUCUCGGUGACGGACGUGGAGUGCGUGCGCGAGGGCUGCCAGUCGGAGGCUCUGCGGAAGCUGGCCGGCUCCCUGCCCGAGAGCCAGUGCUUCACCCUGGUGUUCAAGGGCGGCCGGAAGAGCCUGGACCUGCGCUGCCCCACCGAGCAGGAGGCCCAGAGCUGGGUCCGCGGCAUCCGCACCCUGCAGGAGAGGGUCUCCAACAUGUCCCAGAAGGAGAAGCUCGACCACUGGAUCCGCAGCUACCUGAAACGGGCGGACCAGAACCAGGACGGGAAGAUGAGCUACGAGGAGGUGAAGCGCCUGCUCCAGAUGAUCAACAUCAACCUGAACGAGCAGUACGCCCGCACCCUCUUCAAGAAGUGUGACCGCUCAGCCGACGGGCGCCUGGACCACGUGGAGAUCGAGGAGUUCUGCCGGGAGCUGCUUCGCCGGCCGGAGCUGGACAUGGUGUUCCAGCGCCACUCGGGCAACGGCUGCGUCAUGUCCGCCCUGGAGCUGCGCGACUUCCUGCGGGAGCAGGGCGAGGACUCCUCGCUCGUCCACGCUCUGAGCCUCAUCCUCACCUACGAGCUCAACGAGUGGGCCCAGAAGAAUCAGUUCAUGACGCCGAACGGCUUCACCAUGUACAUGCUGUCGCGGGAGAACGACGUGCUGAACCCCGAUCACGCCGACGUGUACCAGGACAUGACCCAGCCCAUGGCUCACUAUUACAUCUCCUCCUCACACAACACCUACCUCACCAAGGACCAGCUGACCAGCACUAGCAGCACGGAGCCCUACAUCAGAGCACUGAAUCAGGGCUGCCGUUGCGUGGAGCUGGACUGCUGGGAUGGGGACAAGGGAGAGCCGGUCAUCUACCAUGGCCACACCUUCACCUCCAAGGUGCUCUUCAAAGAGGUCAUUGAGACCAUUGCUGUGUACGCCUUCAAGGCCUCCCCAUACCCCCUGAUCCUGUCGCUGGAGAAUCACUGUUCAGUGGAGCAGCAGGAGGUGAUGGCCAGACACCUGUGUACCAUUCUGGGGGACAAACUGCUUACCCAGCCCCUUAAUGGCCAGCCACUGCAGAACCUACCAUCUCCAGAGGAGCUGAAGUGGAAGAUCUUGGUGAAGGGGAAGAAGGAAAGCGUGCGGACAGGGAAGACGGACUGCUCUUCCAGCUCCGGCUCCAGCUCAGAAGAUGAGGCCGGAGAAGGCAACAAGAACAGAGCCAAGAAGGACCCUGGGAAGGCUGCGUCGUCCAAGCUGAGCGCGGAGCUGUCCGACCUGGUCGUGUACUGCCGCGCCGUGCCGUUCCAAAGCUUCGAACACGCCGCCAAGAAGUCCCCCGCCCAGAUGUCGUCCUUCUCCGAGAGCGAAGCCCUCAGGCUCAUCAAGGAAUCGGGAAAACAGUUCGUCUGCUACAACAGCAGGCAGUUCAGUAGGAUUUAUCCAUCCGGUCAGCGCCUGCAAUCCUCCAAUUACAACCCGCAGGACAUGUGGAAUGGUGGCUGCCAGAUAGUGGCCCUGAAUUUCCAGACCCCGGGCGAGCAGAUGGACCUGAACCAGGGCCGCUUCCUGACCAACGGCGGCUGCGGCUACGUCCUGAAGCCCGGCUUCCUGCGGAGCCCCGACUCCGACUUCAACCCCGAGAACCCAACCGGCAGCACCGGACACAUCCCUACCCUGCUCACCCUCCGGGUGAUAUCGGCCCAGCAGCUCCCCAAGCUGGACACAGAGAAGCCCAAAUCCAUUGUGGACCCUCAGGUCACGGUGGAGAUUCAUGGGGUCCCUAUCGAUAACGCUCGUGAAAAAACCCAGCGCAUCGACAACAAUGGCUUCAACCCCCGCUGGGACUGUACCCUGCACUUCCAGCUGCAGGUUCCAGAGCUGGCCCUGGUGCGCUUUGUGGUGGAGGACCACGACUACACCUCUAAGAACGACUUUGUGGGCCAGUUCACCCUGCCCUUCUUUAGCAUGCGUACAGGUUACCGGCAUGUCCACCUGCUGAAAGCCGACGGCUCCAGUCUGUCCCCCGCCACGCUCUUCAUCCACAUCAAGGUGACCCGCAAGAACAGUCCGGUCAAGAUGGCGUCCCCUCCCCGUCACUGACCUGCUCCUGUGCUCCCCUGACCUGCCGACCCUGGUGGUCACAAAGAAGACAGCAGGGUGGCCUGCUUUGUCCACUUCCCCAUUGAGCCCUUUAGAACCAGAUAUGCGGGAGGACCUUCGUUUGCGAGAAGGGAAUGCUACUUCACACAGCGCGAGCCAGAGCUGACCACCUGUGUGCCCAGAAUGCUUUGCCUGUUGACCCAUAGAUUUAUCCAAGUUACUCACACUAAAUCUAUUGGUUUAGCCAGGACUUACUGUGCUGGGAUGUGAACCUGCUAACUGUGUGGUUCCAGGUGUGUUGUAUUUGAGAACUGGACCAAAAGCUGUACACCUAGUUGCCCUGACAAUCAUUUCUCUCAGGCCAAUGGGUCUGAUUUUAAAAAUGCCUAUUUUAACGGCUGUAAUCUUUAACAAAAUAUAGAUCACUAUGUGGUCCGCUCCUCAGACCUUGAACCCUCAGGCAAGCAGCAAUUAUCAACUCUUAUGGAGCCCCCCUGAUAAGCAGUAGGAAGUGAUGCAAUCAGGAGAUGGUUGUACCUCCGCAUAGUACAUAUCUGUCCUUCACCCUUAUUGAACCCUCUUACUCCAUGUCUGCGUGGACUGGCUAAACACACAACAGCGGAGACACGUGUGUUCCUGACUAAACAAAGACGAGAACACGUCCAGGACAUUUCAAGACCAGUUUUGGUCAUUUAAAUAGAGUAGCUUUGUAUGAAGAUACUGACAUAGACAUAGCAGUGUAGUUGUUAGAUAUGUUAGAAAUGUUACAGCAAUAGGUGUUACAGAUCAUAAACAGUUGAAAUAAUUCUGACAAGUCUUAGGUAUAGGCAUUAUCUAUAUUGUUCAUUUUCAAAGUAUUUAAAAGAUGAUAUUGCACUGUAUGUGCAUGUAUGUGUCAUAUGAACUUGAGGUUGUUGGAUUAGACAAUGACUGAGAUUGCUCGGAAUUCUCUCAGCACACCUCUAAAUUCUCUUUCUCAUCACAAAUGUUGCGUAGCAGUGAGAGGCGGUAGGGCGUAACAAGAGUCAUUUCGAAAUACGCCCAUUAGCUUCUGUUGCAGGAACUAGCGAUAGGAAUGCUUGCAGUAUUUUUUCCACAUGCUCACAGGUUUCAAUGUUUAGGAAGAGAAACUUGGAGACUUGGAGCUUAGAAAUUUCUAUUUGCCUUCACCCCAAGAUAAUCUUUUUUAGACAUCUUAAAAAUCCGUCCUUUAUUUUUCCAGUAUUGAUCAUAGUGCCUCUUAGGAAAAAAAGUAUGGAUACAGUCUAUGACUUUUUUAUUUUUUAAAAAUGUUUGUAAAUAAUAUAUUAGAGUUCAAAUUUUUACCACAUCAACAUCACACAUUCUAUAGCAUAUUUAUUAACUCAAAUUGUAUUGAAUAACAUUUUUUAAUGUAUGACUUCAUCAUAUGGAUCUGUGUAAAUGUGACCAUUAUUGAAUUACUGCUAAUUAUAAUGCACUAAUCUGAUUCGCUAGCAGGGCCUUUAGUUAGUGUUACAGAGUUAAGGUCAAGAGAUAAGUAUGACUGUAUUCCUCUAAUAUUAUUAUCUAAUUUUCUCCU